AUGUCUAUCUCUCCAGACGGCAUAUAUGCCGCUCUGCCAACAACCACUCGAGGACAGCCCACCCCGCUCUCCGCCGACUCUAAGGGUGAGCGCAUAGCCUAUUCCUCCAACAAGUCUAUCUUCCUGCGGUCCAUCGACGACCCGGCUCUGUCGACGCAAUAUACACAGCAUACUGCGAAUACCACAGUUGCUCGCAUCGCGCCUUCCGGAUUCUAUUGCGCGUCCGGUGAUGCUUCAGGCAUAGUCCGCGUCUGGGACUGCUCGCCCAACGGCUCUGGCAAUACCAAAGGGGAAUACUCGAUCAUCAAUGGUCGCAUCAACGACAUUGCAUGGGACGGUGACAGCCAGAGGAUCAUCGCGGUAGGCGACGGUAAACAGCGAUAUGGACAUUGCGUCACAGCAGAUUCGGGCAAUACGGUGGGUGAGAUCAGCGGUCAUUCUGCCCAAGUCAAUGCCGUGAGCAUACGACAACAGAGACCCAUAAGAGCAGCAACUGCUGGCGACGACAAGAACCUCGUCUUCUAUCAAGGCCCGCCGUUCAAGUUUAACGAUAUUCCUGGAAGAGGCAAUCACACCAACUUCAUUUACGGAAUUGGUUUCUCUCCGGACGGCACACAUCUCGUCAGUGUUGGAGGCGACAAGAAGAUUUACCUAUAUGACGGGAAGACCGGCGCUGUCAACACUGAAAUCGUAGACAGCUCCAAUGGGCACACUGGCAGCAUCUUUGGCGUCUCAUGGUCGAAAGACUCAAAGCAGUUUGUCACCUGCUCUGCGGAUCGCACAGUCAAGAUUUGGGACGCAGAGGCUGGCAAAGUCAAGCACACAUGGUCAUUCGGUGAGACCGUCGACGUUUCGAACCAGCAGGUGGGCGUGGUCUGGCCAAAUAGAAGCGAUGGACUGGUGGUGUCGCUCUCAUUGAGCGGUGAACUACUCUACCUCAACGAGGGCAGCACCACUCCAAGUAAAAUCCUAUCGGGUCACCAAAAGAACGUUACCGCGUUGACAUCGUCAUCCGAGGGCGCCAAACCCACAUUGUGGACGGGCAGCGCCGAGGGUAGAGUGUGCUCAUGGGAUACGGCCACGGGCUCGGCUGAAUCUAUUGAAGGAGAUGGCCAUACCAACAUCAUAUCUGGUCUUGCCGCGACGUCUUCUGGUGCCCAUCCACAAAUCUACUCUGUCGGCUGGGACGACACUCUCCGGACAGUCGACGCAAAUGCAAAGACAUUUACCGGCCAAUCUACGAAGCUCUCAUCGCAGCCUAAGGCCCUCACCUGCACGUCCGAUUCUCUCGUUGUGGUUGCUCAACUUGAGAGUGUGAUCGUCUAUCGAGAUGGGGAAGAGGACGGCGAGCUGCCCCUCAAAUCAUCUCCUAGUGCCCUCGGUGCACACAGCAGCACAGUCGCAAUCGGUGCAUCAGACUCGAGCUUGCGGCUGUUCACUCUGACACCUGGGAAAGCGCCCAAGCAAUCGGCGGUUAUAGACCAGGUCUCAGCUACGCCAAUCACAGCAAUUGCUUUCUCUCAGGACGGGUCAAUGCUCGCGGCGGGUACUGCGGCUGGUAAAAUUUAUGUCUACAAGGUCAGCUCGGGCAUCACAGGUGCUCUCACCGGAUCUGUUUCUGUGGAGCUCGUGACUGAUCGGUGGAGCGCUCAUACUGGCAAGGUCACCAGUAUCGCCUGGAAGCCAGAUGGAUCAGGUGCCGUCUCGGGUAGUCUUGACACGAACAUCCAUGUUUGGAGCCUCAAGGAGCCCGGCAAGAGAGUCAAGGCCACAAAUGCGCACAAAGAAGGCGUGAAUGGCAUUGCCUGGAUUGGGGAAACGGUCUAUAGUACAGGUGCCGACGCCGCUGUAAAGAAGUGGAGGGUCGUCAUCUGA